AUGGGGAGUAAUCCACCAAAGGUGAAGAGUCACCCCAUCCUGGAGUUGGAGACUGUCCAUCCGACCAUGGCGGUGAAGCGGGACCAUCCGGAGAUGGUGGUGAUGCGGUGCCGUCCAGAGAUGGCGGUGAAGCGGGACCAUCCGGAGAUGGUGGUGAAGCGGAGAGUUCCGGAGAUGAUGCCCACCCCAACCGCGCAGCCGAUGCAACCACCUCCUCCCGGCCAAUUCGCCCCCAAUUUUGCUGCCGCCGGACAGCCUCAAUUCUCCUCCCCUCAACCCCCAUUGCCGGGACAGCCGAACCUGGCGGCAAACCCGUUUUUGCCGCAGCAGCCGCAGCAGCCAGCCCAACUACCAAGCCAGCAGUCACAGCUUCAGCAAAUGAUGGCCACCGCUCAACCGUCUGCACCCUCCUCGGGGAAUACGGCGGGGAACUCGACUCUGGAGGCGUUUGGAUGUGCUUUUGAUUUUGUGACGAACACUUGCAAGGAUGUGUUCGCAUUAAACUGGUGCGGGCAGUGCCACGAUUUCGGGAACCUGUUUGUGCACGACUGCAAAUGUGUGCGGCCACUGGAUAAUUUGAAAAUGCAAAAGCCGUUUCGAAAUACUACGACUACUUGUCUAUUAAUGCUUCUAUCUAUCGCCGAUAUUCCACGAAUACGCGGCCAGCUGCUGAGCGGAUGUCUCGAUGGCGAGACGCAACACUACGAUGGGGAAAGAUGGAUUCAUAACGGCAAUUUUCUUGUGGUUUGCAGCGAGGGGAAAAUUAAGGUACUGAAAUGCAUGACGGACGCGGGUACGGUACUUGAAGUUGGGACGGAAGGGCUUGUGGAAGACGGCGUCACAUAUUCAUGCGUCGACGAACCGGACGAGCCGAUGCACGACGAGGGCAGCGGCCUGGAUCCGGAGCUUGGUGUACAUUGCCAGGAUGAGAAUGACAUGGUCGUCGACCACUUUUGGAUUUGUUGCGUGGGAAAGAAGCUCAAAGGCUGCGCCGACGAUCGUGGAAACACACAAAAAACCGGACAUUUCGUCGUGGGACAGGGGCUGUUAAAGUACUGUAACGUACACCCGUCAGGGCUACGCGGACGUAUCGAGCCGAAAGGUUGCUUUAACGGCACGGAAUACGACGAUCCGGACGACGAGCAGUUUCACGUCAAGAAAUACGCCAUCUGGAGGCAGGGCGAUGUCGAUUUGAGAUGCGGCGACCAGGGGAUCGUCGUCUACAGGUGCUACGUCGACGGCAAGCAGUUGUACUUUGGAGCCGCGUGGAUGGAUAGCCAUGGAGCGUUUCAUAUUUGUAAA